AUGUGGGCUGAGCCGCAGGCACAGGAGAUGGGCUGUGCUCAACUGACGGGCGAGGGGAGGAGGAUAGCCCAGGCAAGGUUGUGGGCUCACGCGGGCUGGAAGGAGAUGUGGGCCCGGGAGAGUCACCAGAUGGGCCUGCACUGGAGGAAGGCGAGAUCGGGUCGAUCUCUGAUGCUGUGCCGGUCUCCACUUCAGGAUGCGAAGAGCUGGGUGCAUCCGAGUCAUGAAGAGGUGUUGCUGUGGGAGUGUCAUCAACGUAUGGAACUGGUGGUCGAGGUAUCCAAUGUAGUAGUUUGGUUGUACCAUCUUGAAAGGGGAAUGUACUCUCAUGGAAUUGAACGUCACGAGAGGUGA